GAUGCUCAUCGCCAUGGAGUUGCCGCAGCAGCACCUUUGGGGGCUCGGGCGAGCGAGCGGAGCCGGGAUCUGAGCGGAGCGGAGCCGCCGGGACAAGGUUGCAGAUUGGAUCUCUUCUGAACACCUCACCGUGUCUCCAUCCCUGGGACUGUGAACCCAGCAGCUGGACUACUUUGUUCUUGGAAUUUUGGGUGUCCUUUCCUCUUGCUUUCCUUUUGUCCUUCUCCCUUCUCCCUCCUGAGAACUCCUGAAGACUGUGGGAUUGUCAUGGAGUCCAGGGAAAUCUUGAGCAGCUCCCGGCAAAGAGGGGGUGAGUCGGAAUUCCUGCCGGUCUCCUCAGCGAAGCCCCCAGCUGCUCCUGGCUGUACAGGAGAACCUUUGCUGUCCAGUCCAGGACCCGGGAAGAGCAUCCCAGUGGGCGGAGAACGCAUGGAGCCAGAGGAGGAGGAUGAACUGGGCUCAGGGCGGGAUGUGGAUUCCAACUCCAAUGCAGACAGUGAGAAGUGGGUGGCAGGAGAUGGCUUGGAAGAGCAGGAGUUUUCUAUCAAGGAGGCGAACUUCACUGAGGGAAGUCUGAAGCUGAAGAUUCAGACCACAAAGAGGGCAAAGAAACCCCCAAAGAAUCUGGAGAACUACAUCUGCCCACCUGAGAUCAAGAUCACCAUCAAACAGUCUGGGGACCAGAAGGUGUCCCGUGCUGGGAAAAAUAGCAAAGCUACGAAGGAGGAAGAAAGAAGCCACUCCAAAAAGAAGCUCCUCACAGCCAGUGACCUUGCAGCCAGCGACCUCAAAGGAUUUCAGCCACAGGCUUAUGAGAGGCCCCAGAAACACCCAACUCUCCAUUAUGAUCCAGGCCUCCCACAGGACUUCACCAGUGACACCUUAAAACCAAAGCACCAGCAAAAAAGCAGCAGCCAGAACCACAUGGACUGGUCCACCAGCUCUGACAGUGGACCCUCCACUCAGAAUUGCUUCAGCAGUCCAGAGUCUGGCCAAGAAACUGCAAGCACCAGCAAGAUCCCAGCUCUUGAGCCCAUGGCUUCCUUUGCAAAGGCCCAGGGUAAGAAAGGCAGUGCAGGGAGCACAUGGAGCCAGUUGUCUAACAACAGUAAAGAUCUGCUUUUGGGAGCUGUGGUUCCAUCCCCAAGCAACCGCAGCUCCCCAGCCCCUCCUAGCAGCUCUUGUGAGUGCAGUGGUCUCCAAACCUUGGUAGAUCAAGAAGGAGGAGGUACAAAGGAACCCCCAGAACCACCUACUACUACAGGCAGCAAGAAAAAGUCGAGUAAGAAGGAUGUGAUAAGUCAAACCGUACCAAACCCAGACCUGGACUGGGUCAAGAGUGCCCAGAAAGCAUUUGAAAACACAGAAGGGAAAAGAGAGGGUUACUCUGCAGAUAAUGCCCAGGAGGCAUCGCCAGCCAAGCAGAAUGUGAGUUCUGUCAGUAAUCUUGAAACUGACUCUAGUCAUGUCAGGAUUACUAUCCCCAUCAAGGCACCCUCUCUAGAUCCAGCCAGCCAUAAGAGGAAAAAGAGACAGUCCAUUAAAGCAGUGGUGGAAAAGAUCAUCCCAGAGAAAGCACUGGCUUCUGGAAUCUCCAUGAGCAGUGAAGUCGUUAACAGGAUACUUUCCAACUCAGAGGGAAGUAAGAAAGACUCCCGUGUCCCUAAGUUGAGCAAAAUGAUAGAGAAUGAGUCCCCCUCAGUUAGCCUUGAAACUGGUGGAAAUGCAGAGAAAAUCAUCCCAGGAGGAAUGUCCAAGCAGCGGAAACCACCCAUGGUCAUGACGUCUGCCACGUGCACAGACCACUCCCCAUCAAGAAAGCUACCCGAAAUCCAGCAUCCAAAAUUUGCUGCAAAACGGAGGUGGACCUGCAGCAAACCAAAACCCACAAGUAUGCUUCGAGAGGCAGUCAUGGCCACCUCUGACAAACUGAUGGUGGAGCCCCCGUCUGCUUACCCUAUCACCCCAUCCAGCCCUCUGUACACCAACACCGACAGUCUUACUGUGAUCACACCAGUCAAAAAGAAGCGGGGGCGACCAAAGAAGCAGCCUUUGCUCACAGUGGAGACAAUUCACGAGGGUACUUCUACCAGCCCAGUCAGUCCCAUCAGCCGAGAGUUCCCUGGCACCAAGAAAAGAAAGAGGCGACGCAACUUAGCUAAGUUGGCCCAGUUGGUGCCAGGAGAAGACAAACCCAUGAGUGAGAUGAAAUUUCAUAAAAAGGUUGGAAAGCUUGGUGUGUUGGAUAAGAAGACCAUCAAAACUAUCAAUAAGAUGAAGACACUCAAGAGAAAAAACAUCUUGAACCAGAUCUUGUCCUGCUCCAGCAACAUUGCCCUGAAAGCCAAAGCUCCCCCAGAGACCAGCCCUGGGGCAGCUGCAAUUGAAAGCAAACUGGGCAAGCAGAUUAAUGUGAGCAAGAGGGGGACCAUCUACAUUGGCAAGAAGAGGGGCAGGAAGCCAAGAACAGAGCUGCCACCCCCAUCUGAAGAACCCAAAACAGCCAUCAAGCACCCCAGGCCUGUCUCUAGCCAGCCGGAUGUUCCAGCCGUGCCUUCCAACUUCCAGUCACUUGUGGCGUCCUCACCAGCAGCUAUGCACCCACUCUCCACACAGUUGGGUGGGUCCACUGGCAACCUGAGCCCUGCCAGCACUGAAACCAGUUUUUCAGAGUUGAAAACUAUGCCAAACCUCCAGCCCAUCAGUGCUCUUCCAACCAAAACCCAGAAGGGAAUUCACAGCGGAACCUGGAAACUGUCUCCACCCAGGCUAAUGGCCAACUCCCCUUCACACCUGUGUGAGAUAGGCUCACUAAAGGAAAUCACAUUGUCCCCUGUGAGUGAGUCCCACAGUGAGGAGACCAUCCCAAGCGACAGUGGCAUCGGGACAGACAACAACAGCACGUCUGACCAAGCAGAGAAGAGUUCAGAAUCCCGACGGAGGUACUCUUUUGAUUUCUGCUCCUUGGACAACCCUGAGGCCAUUCCAUCUGACACCAGCACAAAGAACCGGCAUGGCCACCGGCAGAAGCAUCUCAUUGUGGACACCUUCCUGGCUCACGAAAGCCUCAAGAAGCCAAAGCACAAGAGGAAAAGGAAAAGCCUGCAAAACCGUGAUGAUCUCCAGUUUCUGGCUGAGCUGGAAGAACUCAUCACCAAAUUCCAAGUAUUCAGGAUCUCCCACCGGAGUUACACCUUUUACCAUGAGAAUCCAUAUCCCAGCAUUUUCCGGAUUAAUUUUGAUCACUAUUACCCGGUGCCAUAUAUCCAGUAUGACCCGUUGCUCUAUCUUCGUAGGACUUCAGACUUGAAGUCAAAGAAGAAGCGUGGUAGGCCUGCAAAAACCAAUGACACCAUGACAAAGGUGCCUUUUUUACAAGGGUUCAGCUACCCUAUUCCCAGUGGAAGUUACUAUGCAGCCUAUGGAAUGCCUUACACAUCAAUGCCUAUGAUGAACCUGGGUUACUACGGUCAGUACCCCGCUCCUCUGUAUCUAUCGCACACGCUCGGAGCAGCUUCCCCGUUCAUGAGGCCAACGGUGCCACCACCUCAGUUCCACACAAGCUCCCACGUGAAGAUGUCUGGGGCAACGAAGCAUAAAGCAAAGCAUGGUGUACACCUGCAGGGACCAGUUGGCAUGGGCCUCAGUGACAUACAGCCUUCACUGAACCCUCCUAAGGUGGGCAGUGCCGCUCUUUCCGGCGGUCGGCUCCACAAGAGGAAACACAAACAUAAGCAUAAGCACAAGGAAGACCGGAUCCUGGGGACCCAUGACAACCUGAGCGGUCUCUUUGCAAGCAAAGCCACAGGCUUCUCCAGCCACCUGCUGAGCGAGCGGUUGAGUGGUGCAGACAAAGAGCUCCCACUGGUGAGUGAGAAGACCAAGCAUAAGGAGAAACAAAAGCACCAGCACAGUGAAGCUGGCCACAAGGCCUCCAAGAACAACUUUGAGGUGGACACCUUGUCUACACUGUCACUUUCAGAUGCCCAGCACUGGACGCAGGCCAAGGAUAAAGGUGACUUGAGUAGUGAACCUGCGGACUCAUGCCCUAAAAGGUACUCUGGCAGUGGCGGAGACAGUGGCAGCACAAGAUCUGAGAGCUUGGACAUGUUCAGUGAAAUGAACCCUUCCAGUGACAAGUGGGACAGUGACAUGAGUGGGAGUAAAAGGAGAAGCUUUGAAGGCUUUGGGACAUACAGGGAAAAGGACAUCCAAGCCUUCAAGAUGAACCGCAAGGAGAGAAGUUCCUAUGACUCUUCUAUAUCUCCAGGGAUGCCAAGUCCCCACUUGAAAGUGGACCAGACAGCAGCACAUAGUAAGAACGAGGGUCCAGUGUCCACCAUGAUGACCAGGAAGAAGCCAGCUGCAGUUGACAGUGUUGCAAUUCCACCAACCCCAGUGUUAUCUCUCCUCGCUGCUUCCACGGCAACAGCAGAUGCAGCCAGCUCCUCCCUCAAGAAGCGAUUCAAGCGGCGGGAGAUCGAAGCCAUCCAGUGCGAAGUGCGGAAGAUGUGCAACUACACCAAGAUCCUGUCCACCAAGAAGAACCUGGACCACGUGAACAAGAUCCUCAAGGCCAAGCGGCUGCAGAGACAAUCAAAGACAGGCAACAACUUCGUCAAGAAGAGGCGAGGGCGUCCCCGCAAGCAGCCCACCCAGUUCGACGAGGACUCCAGAGACCAGAUGCCCGUGCUGGAGAAAUGCGUCGACCUGCCCACCAAGCGGGGCCAGAAACCCAGCCUGAGCCCGCUGGUGCUGGAGCCCGCCGCCGGCCAGGACGCCGUCAUGGCCACCAUCGAGGCGGUCAUCCACAUGGCCCGAGAGGCGCCGCCGCUGCGGAAGCUCGCGGCGCCACCCGCAGGGCAGCCCGCGCAGCCGGCCCCGCAGCAGCCCCUUCCCGCGGAGGAGGAGGUGAAGGCCAAAAGGCCGAGGAAAUCCCGAGGGAGCGAGAGCGAUGUCCUCCCCUAAGGUGGGUCUGGGCGUCUGCACCUGGCGCUGGGGACUGAGGCUUGCAGGUGCAGAGAGCCGGGGUGGGGGUGGCUCCCCACUGCGGGGGACACCGACGCCCUUCUCUCCAGAAGCUGGGCGGGCAGAAUCGGGCCAGAUGACAGGGUUGAGCCUUCGGAGCUCUUGGGAUAGCAGAGCAGGGGAACACCUUCCAAAGAAGCUCGCCUGCGCUGCGCAGCAGGUCCCAGCCCGCGGCACCUCUGUGUGGCUGUCGCCCUCGAGGGCGGCGGAAGAACCGACGGGGGAGGCUGGUGCCGCCUGACCUUCCUCACCCACCGUGCUCCCUGCUUCCGCGCGCGUUUGCGGGCCAGGAAAAUCGGAAGCGAAGCGCCCUCAAUUAGGAAACAUUCCACGGGGAGAAAAGCUGCAAAUGUGUCAGCUGGCUUUGUUAUAACCCACUUCCACUUAAUUGGUUUUUAUUUCUUUUGGUUUGUGAGUUCUUCUAGGCUUGGGGGGUGGAGGGGCUCCCAUAUCAUUGCAGGUGAUCUGAAUCUUUCCGUUAACAAUACAGUUUUCCCAGAUGGAAUCGUGUGAACAGAAGGUAAUAUUCUAGUGAUAGGCGACCUUAAACCUGCAUUCAUAAUCUUCUGUAUGCCUCUGUCCCGCCUACACUGGUUUUUAGCAUCGGCUGUUCCUGCUUUUCCUUUGCUCAUUGUACUUCCAUGUUCUGUACCUUCCCCUUAACUUGCUUUUUCUUGGUACCCAUCCAAAUAAUUGCAAACCUUACCUGUGUAGUAAAGUCCGCCCUUGGUGCACUGUCCGGAGGAACCUGGCUUUUAAUACCGCUCAUUGUGCAAUAGGUACUCAGUACUGAUGGAGCCUUUUAAGCAAGUGACUGAGAACAGCCCAGGAUAUGGUGACCCAGGUGUCAACCAGGUUAUUUUUAUACUUAGAACAUGAGAGCAAAGAACAGACAGACUAAAAUGGUUUUAAUACCCCACAGCAAAUGGAAUAACUGACAAGCCACCAAAAAGUAGACCCCCAGACCACCAGAAAGACAAGUGUCUAGUAAUGCCUUGGUAUGUGAAUUUUUUUUUCAUACAAAGAGCUGUCAUAGGUGUUGAGAAAACGAAACAAAAAGACAGUAGAAGUUCAUUGUCUCUUGAUAAUUAUUUCUUAGAAGUAAAUGGAAGUAAGUGUUCUUAUCUGAAAAAUAAAAAAAUAAAAUGUUUAAAGGGUAUCACCACUUCAAUUGUGUCAAGCCACCUUGGACAAAGUAUCCAUAUUGUGGUUGCCUUAAUACACUAAAACAUUUUUGUACAUAAUGUAAUUAUAAAUCUAUCGGUCUGCAUGGAUGCAAACUGUGUGUGACAAAUCGUCUUUUAAAUGGUCAGUUUCAACUGUACAUUUUUCAUCCAAGUUGUACUCUAGCCAUUGGUUUAGCGUGGACAGAUAUUCCAUCUCUAUUAUCCAUUUCCGAAGCCCAAGUAAAACGUGUUAAGAAGACUCAGAAUGAAUAUGAAGUUAUAUCCCAUGGCCGUAGAUGUUUUUCAAGUCAAAUGUGGAAAUCUCAAUUUAGUAUUUUCAGUUUCCUCCCUCCUCCCCUUACCUUUCCCAAGACAUCAAAUACCUGGCAUGGUAGAUUAUAGAAAGAGAGACACUGAAAGAGAGAAUUAAAUUUUCCAAUGGGAGUAAGACUAUCUGGUUUACCUCCAAAUUAAGUUUCUUUACAGGAAGUUAGGACCAGCUGGAAAUUAUAUUAUCACUUCAGACACAAUAUUAUUUCCCUACAGGGAGAUGGAGCAUUGUUGGGGACAUAAGAGAGAAAGCGAUGGGCUAACUCUGGGACUCAAUUUUAAAGUCUCAAGUUAACAUGCUUGCAAAUAUCACUUCUCUGUUGUGGCACCCACAGUGGGUUGAAAUUAGCUACAGAGCUCUCCUGUUCUGUACAGUCACUAUAGACGUCACAUCAUUCAAAGCCCACUAGGUCAGUUGCAUUUAAUCCUAGCAAUAUGUAAAUUUAAAGGACUGUACUUUAAAGCCUAUAUCCUAGACACUCAAUCUGUGACCUGGGCUGACCUUUGCCAUUUCACACAGGUUGAACAGCAAAAUCAAACCAGCCCUUUUCAAUCUGUCAUUUCCAAGCCAUAUCCAAGUGGUUCCAAAGUCACCAGGGAGGAAGGUUUAAAUUAGUCCCUCUCACCCCACUAUUGCUAUGAAAAAGAAACCAUUUUCAUUCCAAUGAAGCCAUAAAGGAGUUUCUCUUCCCGUUGGAUCUGAAUAAUAAUUUCCUUUAUUCCUGUAACCUUCUUCCUGCCCAUCCUGCACUGUCUCUCAACCAAGUCUGUAAGCAGACUAAAUCUUACAGAGGAGAGUCAGCCGGUGCUUGGAAAACUUCUUAAAAGGAGGUCUCAAAGUUGGAUUGGCAUUCACCUCUAGUAGGUGAGAAAUUCCAUAUAACUUGGGGUACAUUAGAAUUUCCAAACCAAUAAGAAAUAUUCCAGGAAAGAUACAAUUGAGUUGCAAAUUACAGAUGAAUUGGGGUCUGUGGUUGGCAUGUGUGUUAAAUGCAAAUCUCCAUGUGCAGACCCUAAGAAAAGACUGGAAAACUGCAGAGGACCAAAGCUGAGGUGUGCUAAACAGCUCCUUGCCUGCGGAAGCCAGACCAGCCACCUAUACUGCUUCCUCUCUCCAUCACUCUCUAUUCCCUCUGUGUCACAUUCUUUUCCUUCAGCUUUUCAUUAACCUAACCCACUGUUACAGCUGUUUUCUUCUGCUCUCAGGGCCCUCUUCCCUCUUCUCUUUACUCCAGGCUCCUCUUUGGACCAGCCAGUCGCCCAUAUAGUCAGGUGCAGGGCCAGGAAGGCAACCCAGCUCUUUUGUCCCAGAUUGUGGACUUCCUUAGCCAUCUAACACUGCCUGCUGGGGUUGCAUUUUUAUAUUGAGAAGGCGUUAGGUGGUAUCCACGAGACUCCAUAUACAGCUCCACCAAAUACUUACAGUAAGAGAAACCACUUGAUUUUCAUUUCUCUCCCUCUUCCUACUGUCCUUUGGCAGGCAGGUAUGGACCCAGUUAAUAAGGAGUCUGAUUAAGAAUGAGAAAAUAAUGAAACCUAGACAUAAAAAUCUCCUUAAAGAUGCUGAUGGAUCUGGCCCUACCGUACUACGUGGCUGGGUGACCACUUGCUCUUCAGCUCCUCAUCUCCAAUGAGAAGUUUAUGCUCCUCAGUGAUCUCAUCUGUGGCUGCAAACCGAGGAAGAAAGGUCAAAGGAAAGGAGAGUAUGUAGGGUUGCUUUGUGACUUAGCAGGGCUGGGACUCAACAGCCAAGGACAGUCCAGGAAAGGUGACUAAGGCCAGAAAGAAGAUUAGCAUGUUAACUCGGCUAACGUCUGGAGUGGGAGGCCAUGUCCAAUGGCAGACAGAAUUUGUGUCCUACACACUGCUGGGUCUAUAAAUAUGAUAAGCAAGUGGUGACAGAAUUAUAGUGCAAGGUGAUGUAUUACAUGCAGAUCAUAAAGGAUUUGGUAUUAGGACCUAAGUAGAAAAUCCCACUCCUAGCUUAUUACCCAACAAUAUUCAGAUAAUGAGAUUUUGGAGACUAUUUUUCCCUAUCACUAGGAAGAUUUACCUGGUAACUGUCUAAAGUCUAUACAUAUCUUUCCAAAGCCUUUAAAUGCCAACUGUAGCGUGGAGAGAGAGAGGGUGGCAGGAGCCGAAAUGCCUCAAAAGCCAUUUAAGUGUUACGUUGCAGGAUUUUCAGUCCUCCUCAUUAUGUAAAAGUAGAUAAAUAUAGACAUUUUUCUCAAGACUACUCUAUCGUAUCACAAUGGUCCAAAUGCCAGAGCUUACAGAUAAUGUCAUCACAGUGCCUAGAAACUCAAACUGUAAUAUAUCGUAGCAUUUCCUUGGUGUUUCUUAAGGUUUCUUUCCACAAUACAAGGCUCCCUCUGCCUCUUGUUUCUUAGAGCAUUCACCCCACUGACAGUCUGCCUUCCCUGUGGGACUCAGUCAUUUGGGGAAGAGUCUUAGAAGCACAUAUCAACCAAGGAAGAAACUUCCUGGAUAUCUGUUGCCCACUUGCCCAGGUAUAAUAAACACUAAAGGGGGGAAAACCGACAAGAGUUGCCAACUAGUUGACCUGGAAGGGCAGUUCCACCCUAGGUUGGUGUCUUUCUUUUUCUUCCUUUUUAAAAAAAAAAUCUAUUUCUUAAAUAAUAAUAAAUGCACAUGAUGUGUUAAAUAUGUACAUAUAUAUUUCAAAAGAAAAAAAUGGGCACAAGAUUGUCUUACAAGUCGUGCUGGCUAAUUUUUAGUUUGUAUUCAUAAGUGGUUUUUAAAAGCCUUUUUUAAAGUGUAAUUUGCAUGUUCUACUUUGAUUGUAUGUAAACAUAUUUUAGAACAAAAAAUGUAUUUGUAUUUUAUUGAAUAUAGAGGCAAGAAAAAUUGUACAUUGUUUGAAAUGUUCUUUUGUAACAGUUUUUAUUCAUAAAGCAUUUUUGUACAUUUAAAAUGAACAUGGACUUGCUGUUAUUUGAGGCGUAGAUACAUCUGGCAUGCUUUACUGUCAUGCUCCUCCAUGGUCUUAGAUGUUGGGUUUUAAACAUUUUUUUCUAAAAGAAAGCUCAGUCUUUUUCGCUACCAGAUCAGGUUAGCACAGUAUAGAGCACUUAACUAUUAAAAAAAAAGUUAAUCCUAUUCAUAUGUUAUUCAUUGUGUGAAAUUAAAGACAUUCAAUUCAGCCUAA